AAAUUUUUGCCAUUCUCCCAAAUUUCUGGUAACUUCCCAUCUAUCUAUCUCUAUUUAAUUAGCAUACUGGCCAUUCACAUGCAUAUCCAUAACACCACACAACAAACAGUCGAUGAUAUCCACGACUACAUAUACACACAAAACCAGUUCUGAGCAACCCCCAGGAUUUGUACAAUAAAGGAAGCAUCAUUUGUUUUAUUGUUAUCGAAAGUUGGGUCCAUCUUAUUCAAGAUGGAUUCAUCAUUCAGUGUAUUCUUCUCUGUUGUUAUAAUCUUCUUGUUCUUCAAUGGCACAACAAUGGUGGAAUCGUUGAACCUGUCAUUGCCUUCUUUAGAAGAUGGUUCGUCAAGGAGGGAGCUUGCUGGGAUCCAAACUAGCUUCAAACUUCCUUCCCCGUUGCCUAAUUGGCCUCCAGGUGGAGGGUUUGGUGGCGGAACCAUGGAUUUAGGAGGAUUACAAGUUAGUCAAGUAUCAACAUUCGACAAGAUAUGGGCAGCCAAUGAGGGAGGACCCGGAAAUGUCGGUGCAACCUUUUAUAACCCGGUUUCCAUCCCCCAAGGGUUUUUUAUUUUAGGGUUUUAUAGCCAACCAAACAACAUGCCUUUAUUUGGGCAUGUUCUUGUAGGUAAAGAUGUCACAAAUGACUCUUCAAACCCUACUCUCAAACUACCAAUUGAUUACACUCUUGUUUGGAGUAGUGUCUCUCUCAAUAUCAAGAAAGAUGGGGAUGGCUACAUCUGGUUUCCAAACCCACCCGAUGGCUAUAGGGCCAUUGGGUACGUCGUUACUAGCACAUCAGAUAAACCUCCUCUUGAAAGAGUCUGUUGUGUUAGGUCUGACUUAACGGACUCUUUGGAGAGCGACACAUGGAUAUGGGGACCAAAUAAGAGUUUAAAUGCGAAUGGGUUCAAUGUAUAUAGUAGUAGGCCAAUAAAUAGAGGUGUUGAAGCCAUGGGUGCACCGAUGGGAGGUUUUGUGGUUGAAAAUGGGAUCGGGAGCAACACAUUGUCAAUAUCUUGUUUGAAGAAUUUGAAGGGUAGUUUGGUAAAUUCGAUGCCAAAUUUGAACCAAAUUGAAACCUUAAUUCAAACAUAUUCUCCGGUUGUUUACUUUCAUCCUAACGAACUCUACCUUCCUUCUUCCGUUGAUUGGUUCUUUCAAAAUGGGGCUUUGGUCUACCACAAAGGAGAUGAGUCCAACCCUACCCUUAUUGCCCAAAAUGGUUCGAAUCUCCCACAAGGUGGUUCAAAUGAUGACCCAUAUUGGCUUGACCUCCCAAAAGAUGGUUCAAGUAAAGAAAGGGUUAAGAAAGGCGACUUACAAGAUUCAAAUGCUUAUUUCCACAUCAAACCCAUGUAUGGAGGGUUAUUUACGGAUAUUGCCAUUUGGCUCUUUUAUCCUUUUAAUGGGGCAUCAAGAGCCAAAGUUGGGUUAAUCAACAUUUCAUUGGGAAAAAUAGGGGAACAUGUGGGUGAUUGGGAGCACGUUACAUUAAGGGUCAGCAAUUUCAACGGUGAAUUAAACAGCGUUUUUUUUGCACAACAUAGUUGGGGGAUAUGGAUGAGUGCUUCGAUUCUUGAGUACGCUAGUGGUAAUAAACCAAUAGUGUACUCCUCAUUAAAUGGUCACGCCUCCUACCCUAAACCAGGAUUAGUGUUGAUUGGCCCCCAAGGGGUCGAUGUUGGAAUAAGAGACGAUACUGCAAAAAGUGAUAAGGUGAUGGAUACGGGCGUUAGGGCGAUGGUGGUUGCGGCGGAGUACUUAGGGUCGAUAGUGGUUGAGCCACCAUGGUUAAACUAUUUGAGAAAAUGGGGUCCAAAAAUUGAUUAUGACCUUGACAAAGAAAUUAAUAAAUUGGAGAAGGUUAUGAUAGGGAAGUUGAAAUCUGCUUUUGACAAGUUAAUCAAGAGUAUUCCGAGAGAGGUGUUGGGUGAGGAUGGGCCCACGGGACCCAAAGUGAAAAACAGUUGGAGUAGAGAUGAAAUGUGA